UGACAACGAACCUGAUGAAGAUCUUGGUUAGAGAUCGAAAAUGUUAGUUCAGUGACUUUAUUCAUUUCGUACUGGAAAUUUAAAGGUUUUGGAUGUAUUAUUGUUAUAUGUACUGGUAUUUAUUAGUUUUAUCAAAACUUCCAACUUACUUGAAAAUGCCAAAUUUAACUAUUACAUCAGAAUACAAAGAAUUAUUUAUAAAAGCAAAUAAUACAUUUUUAUAUCAAUUAAUAUUUUGUCCACUGGAAAGAAAAUUAAAACCAUUAAAUCCUUAUCCUAGUGAUGUUAAUUUCAAAGAUUUACAUUAUGCUGGAGAAUAUUUUCCAGAUAAUUUAGCAUAUCAAUUAGCAUUAGGUAAUAUUAAUGUCAAUACCAUGAAAGUAAUAGAUGAUUUUGAUCCUCUCAAGCAGUCUAAAGUUAAUAAAAAUGUUACUUGGGAUAGUAGAAUUGAUAAAAUGAAAAGUAUUUGGAGUCCAAGCUAUCAAAUAUCUAAAAUUAGUAAUCAAGAAGGAAUAGUAUGUUCAGCAGUUUCUACUAAAGGAAAACAAGUUACAAUAGAUGUAAAAAGAAUUUUGAAACCAAUAACAGCAAAUGUACAGAAGAAAAGAUCUCCUUCAGGUAUGUAA